AUGUUCGAUGUACCGCCCAAGUUCUACGAGCUCUGUCGGCUUUGUUUGUCCUCGGACGGUGUCAAGCUGUCGAUCUUCGAGGAGGAGGGCGCGCAGCGGAACUUCGCCGAGAAGAUCCUUACGUGCCUCGCGAUCACGGUCAAAGAUGGCGAUUCCUUGCCACCGAUCAUUUGCCACCGGUGUGUGUACAAGCUGGACGUGCUGCACAACUUCCGUGAGGUGUCUCGCAAAUCCGACGUUAUACUCAAGCAGUACCUGGACUACGCCAAGCAAUUGUCAUCACAAAGUGAUCAGGAGAAGUCUUUCCCCACUGCCAAAGUAGCAGACUUAAGUCCCCUCCAGUCGUUCCUUCAGUUGAACAAGACUCUGUUCAACGACGAACCAAACUCCCCGGUCAGCAUCAAUCAAAAUGUGUUACCUCAGACGCAAACCCACCAUGUCGAGCUGCAGACCAGCGAGACUCUGGGAAACGUCAAGUGCGAGCCCGAGGAGGAUACCUGCUCGAACAGCUCCGACCCUGACAGGUUAGAGAUUGAGGACUGCGAAGAGCAGGACACCGAGGUCGAGGAGAACGGUUACGACAUGACGGUGAACAAGAGGAUGAGGAUCGACAGCAAUUACGAAACCUCCAAACAGAGUGCGCCCAGUCGGAGCCCCAUCAACCGAAUGGACACUCCGGAGAGCAACUGCUCCGAUACUCACAUCGACCAGGAGACCACCAAGCUUUGGCAAGCUCUCGCAAACAACAGGAGCCUGGAGAUAACGCGGACCAACGGAGAGAAGCUGAACAACGGAUUCACCGGGGAGGCCACGAAUCUGCUUCGGUCUCUCAUCAACAAUCGGCAGAUCGGCAUCACCGCGGUCGACAGCGACAGGAUCUCCCCUCAGAUUCGGUUCUACAGAGACACGCAGGGUACCACGAUCGAGAGGACGAUCCCCGAUUGCUCCUCCCUCGGGACUCGCACCGGCUUGUCUCGCAUCGAAAACAAGAGCACUUCGGUGGACAGCAAUCCGUCGAGCCCAGCUAGCACCGGACGCAGGGAGACCUCUUCGACGACGAAGGGCAGACGGAAGCAGAGUUAUCCCAGCAAGGCCCCUGCUAGUCCGGAUGUCCUUAGUUACCAACAUGAGGCUGCCGAGGAACAGGCUCAGGACUUCACGGGAUGGUCCAGCAAGAUUAAGGUUAAGAUCGAGGACCAGAAGCAGCAGCUCGAUCAGCAGGGUGGCAAUGCCACGAAGAAGGUCGACAUGUCUUGCACUAACUGUGGAACCAUGACCACCACGAUUUGGCGACGGAACAUGAAGGGAGAGAUGGUCUGCAAUGCCUGCGGCCUCUACUACAAGUUGCACGGCGUCAAUCGUCCUGUCACCAUGCGUCGAGACACCAUACACACACGCAGGCGUAGACCGAAGGGGGAAAAACCCACGAGGCACAGAAAAAAAGGAGACACGAUAUUAACCGCGAAUACGGACAACCAGAUGGACGCAGAAAGUGCCGACAUGCUGGCAGCCCUUCGCCGACAGAUUCAGCCACACCUCAUGAUGGCAGCCCUCACACCUCCUCGUUUGCCUGGUGCACACCCUCCACCAUCUGUGGCGCAGCUCAAUUAUUCUCUUCCUCUGUCCACCUACAUGAUGCACCACAUAAAGACUGAGGGGAGAGAACAACCACACCAGGGCUCGGAUGACCCAGAGGCUGGCGAGGAGGGCGACGAAGAGAACGUCUCUGACGUGCCGUUGAAUCUGGUGGCGACUUCGCUGUCGGAAGGCGCCCACUGAGGAAGUACCUCGGUUUACGCAGAGAGAGAACACGCACACACGUGCGCGUGCGUGCGUAUUUGUACAUAUAUUACUCGUCUUCUGUCCUCCGACUGUUGGCCCCUAUGCUCUCCAGCGAGUGGUCGUGGGUCUCGAGGUCUUUCGGUGGGGACAGUGCUCUUACUCGGACGAUUCAGCUUAGGUAACAUUUAUCGAAACACCUCGGUCGGACAAGAGAUCCUCGUUUGGGCGGAAUAAUCGUUCGCAAUUAUGGGGAUCGGCUUCUAUGUGACGUGUGGUUUAGUGACAUCCAAUACGUGGAACGCGAUGUGCGCCUGCCAUGGGCGUCCUAACCUCGAAACGUCACUUUAGUUUUGGAAGUCAACUUUUUGCGGUUUAAACCUCGAUCUAACCUGACUGUUUACAUGAGAGAUUAAUUAAUUAACAUCGAGAGCAGUGGAGUUUAUUGUUAACACUGGAUAUAAGAGGUUAUUUAACCAAUAAUGACUUAUAUAUGUGUAUAUAUUAAUUUUUGGGUACUGAGCGGUACCGAGGAGCAUUAAGUCGAUAGUGAUGGAAUAAUAAUUAUGGCUUUUGGAUGGUUAUUAGCUGCGGUGUCACUGGCUGCACGUUGUUUGGAAGCUCGAUAAAAUUGCCGAUCGGUCGGAUUGUCACGUUCUGUUCCAUGGGCCCGCAGGUCUGAUAGCAGUAUACGCCGUUGUCUUUGUGUACGUAACACGUACGUAGGCUUAUUAUCUAAGGAUCCCGUUGUAAAAGGAAUGGAAAAGGAGGAGGAGAAAUUCCUCACCGGGGGUUUCAAAUCGCCUUUUAUUUUUUAAGUAUCGAGGAAUCGACUGAACGAGUUUUUGGCAUUACUUGUGGAGGGAGAUUCGUACUCUUGGGAGUUUUCGGGUCAAAUUCUUUUCUUUUACUAUUGUUGGUCUUCUAGUUUCUUUUUCGUAAAUGUAACAUCAAUGUUAUUCAACAAAGGCAGCUACGAGAAGCUGGGUCGAUCGGUACCUGGCUACGAUGUUUGACUCAUUGGGCAGUUCCUCCGCAGUUUGCCAACAACUCGUCUCGUCUUAGAAUACAUAUUAAGGGGUCGUUCACACGUUUAAAGAGAAAUUAACAUUGAGAUUAUAAAUUAUUAGAUCAUUAUGCAGGAUAAGGACAAAGGAACGCUGACUUGUCAAGGGAAUCGAAGGGUACCGGUUGAACAAAUCUAUUAACGUCGCCUCAGUAUUUUGAGAAUACUAAUGGAAUCAGGAAAUUCAAGUAUUACUCCUCAUUAGGAAUGACCGUUCUCUCUAAAUAUUUAUCUUAAAUAUUUUAUUGCUGUUUCGUUGCGUGGAUGAAUUAAUCGUAAUUAAUCCUCGGUAUUUACGAGUCCGGAGAAGUAUUUUAUCGUUUUUACAUGGCUCUCUGAUUUUAUUAAUUAGGCUUUAAGUUUUUCUUUCUCUCUUUCUCUCUCUCUCUCUCUAUUUUUUUUUUCUUCCAACGUAGUAAUAUUUAAGCGCGCUAAGGGAAGGCGGACAGUCUCUUCGUUCUCUUUUUAAUUUAAAGUUAGAAAAAUCCUUCGGUUAUACACGAUCAAUCGAUUUCGCGAUUACAAAGGCGAAAGGAAAAUUAGGGGUAGAAGAUUAUCCUUAUUUUAUCAUCGCAACGUGGAAUGCCGGAAUGGUGAACUCUUGUGAACGGCCCCUGAAACCGCAAAUACUCUUUCCCGCCUCGUCAAUCGAAUCUCGGCAUUAUUAUUUACAGAUAGUUAAUUAACUUAAGGAAUCGAUGGAAGGAAACGUGACACGUGUGAGUACUGCAUCGGCUUAAGGAAGUUUACUUCGGGAUCGUCAGGAUCGAACGGUCUGGCACCGUCGACGGUACAAAUUCAGAAGAGAAUUCAUUCGAUCGUCACAAGAGCAUUCUUACCUAAUCAUUCUUACCAAGAGAUAUUUUACAUUGUCAAGAAAUUCUUUCCACUCGUUUCACCUGUUAAGGAAGCCUUCAGUCUCCCAUCGAGGCUUGUCGAUUAGAGAGACAAAAAAAAAAAUGUCACGUUGAGAGUUGGCAUUGUGAAAUUGACAUUGAUAUGAAAAAUUAGAUUUGUUUAGAAACUGCUUGUUCAGAAAAUACGACGUUUUGAGCUGUACAUGUCGAGAUCUUUCGGAGAUUUUCACCGUCGACGGUAAAAAAUUGCGACUGCCCGUUACUGUGACACCUGUACUUAAAAUGGUGAGCGAUUUUCUAAUUGCCGGUUAAUCACGGAAGCAAUAAGAAACGUGGCGGCGCCCGCGUACUCCACUCGGGUUAAAGAAAACACUCGUAAUGGUUCGUAAUAAUUAAUGACUAAUAAUACUCGUCGGCGAGAACGUCAGGAUGUUUUUUUCUUUUUUUUUUCUAUGAGAGGCCGAUAUACAUGCACGUGUACGUGUCAUGUCGCAUGUAUACGUGCACGUGUAUAUACGUAUGUAUAAACAUUGCGAACUUAGAUUUAGUUCCAGGCGGCGCGCGUACUUCGACUUAAGGCGAUGCAAUAGGCCUCGUUUAUGAAACUUUUCUCCAAACUGGGUUUACCUAAUCGUUUUAAACUUUGCUACGUGAAUUCGGAGACUAUAAGGAAGGUCCUGACGCGCAUGGAAUUUCAAUUUUUAACGAAAUUUGUGUAUAGAUGUUUCCAAAUUUAAAAAAAAAAAAUGAAAUCUCACGAGGGGCAAGACCUUCCUCCUAGCCUCCGUGUUCACAUCGUAAAGUUUGAAUGGAUUCGGUACACCCGGUUCGGAGAAAAGUAUUUCAUAGACGAGACACCUCUUCCACAUCUCCCUUAACCUGGUUUAACGUAAGAGCGAAUCUUGUCACGUGAAAUUUAACGUAAGAGCGAAUCUUGUCACGUGAAAUUUAACGUAAGAGCGAAUCUUGUCACGUGAAAUUUAACGUAAGAGCGAAUCUUCUUACGUGAAAUUUAACGUAAGAGCGAAUCUUGUCACGUGAAAUUGUACGCGCGCCGCGCGGACGUUGCGCAUCGCGGACUCACUGGACACCUUAAAGUAGCGACUCUGCCCCGUGAGCGCAGCCAAUCAGCGUCCUCCAUGGGAACCGGCACACCGGAAAGUCACCGCAUUUAGAUUGCCUUAUGUAUCGCGCGCGCCUUGCAUAUUCCUGGUGACCUAACUCCCCGUAUUCUCUAAAGACCUCCGUCGUCGUUUUCUCGUUUACAUCGUCGGUGGGUUUCCGUAUGUGAGACACCCACGCUACACGAUGGGGAUUUUAAACUGAGAAUGCAGAUCAUCUCCACGGUCUUCUGGAGCGUGGGCGACAAGAGGCGGAGGGUUUGAAACUUUCUUUUAAAGCGAGAUGGUAUACUUGCUCUCUUGCCUUGAGACACAUUAAGUCGUUUACGCGAUGAGAGGCGUCAGGACGCCUUUUCGUUGCCAGGGAUACGCCUGACCGGGCGAUUAUGUCUUGCUUCGACAACGAUUAUCGCUGACAAGAAUUGCCACCUGUCCGCCGUAUUAUCUCUCGAUAGGGUUUCGAGGCUCACCUGGUGGAGGAGCGCGCUCGACAAAGUAUUACACAGCCCAGUCCGACUAGCUCGUAACUGCAGCUACGGCCAGUGCAUUUACUCGCGUGUACCGUACCUAAUGACGUAUACCUAAUCAACUUUGCCAAAAAUAGAUUUAGUCGUUGUAUAACAUAGAGUAUAGUUAAGACCGUUAAAAGAAAAUUCUCUCUGCGCUCUAGCGUCCCCUCCUUGUCCCUUAGAUAAUUUUACGCAGCACUCUGAGGCCCCACUCUACCCCCCACGCUGUACCCUUUCCAGUCUUCUACGCUCUAGUAUAUUUUGUUCUGUGUUUUUUUUUUUAUCUCUCAUCCCCUUGUUCUCCUUCUUUCUCGCCGAAUCACUCGACGGGUGGCAAUUCUAACUCCGUCCAUGUAUACUCUUUGACACCUCUAUGGAGCGAUUGGCGGCGUUCCCGAAGGCACGUUAAGGCGAGGUAGCGAAUUAAGUUCCUGCGGAGAGGCAGGCUUAUCAGGAUCACCCUGCGAAUACUCGAGCGUUAAACCAACCGGACCACUGGUUAUACUUAUUUCACCUUUGUGGCGAGUUAUCUGUCUGUACUUAAUGCAAAGAUCCAAACCGCUUAGGGGGUAAGCUGUAGCGAUGUGGCGAGUUGAAUGCUUAUCCAACUCGAGUUACUCGAAUGUGAGUUUAUGAAAAAUGCAUUUGGCUCGAGACUCUGCCGAGUCUCUUUAUUCGAAAGCAUUGAUAACUCGAGUUACUCGAAUGUGAGUUUCUGAAAAAUGUAUUUGGCUCGAGACUCUGCCGAGUUUCUUUAUUCGAAAGCAUUGAUAACUCGAGUUACUCGAAUGUGAGUUUCUAAAAAAUGUAUUUGGCUCGAGACUCUACCGAGUCUCUUUAUUCGAAAGCAUUGAUAACUCGAGUUACUCGAAUGUGAGUUUCUGAAAAAUGUAUUUGGCUCGAGACUCUACCGAGUUUCUUUAUUCGAAAGCAUUGCUAACUCGAGUUUGUACUCGAAUCGAUGACUGGGUGCGGCGAGUAAAAUGACUCGAUUAGUGAUGACUCGAGUCUAAGCGAUAUAACUAGUAGAGUACUUAUCAUCGACUCGAGUGAAACGAUUUGAAUAAAGAGAACAAGGCGCGAUUGGUACCUCGGUGUCUCCCUUGGCACUCGUAACUCGCAUUCGUUAGUACCAAUAACCCGAGUUACAAUGUAAAAUCCCUCGAUUUAACUCGACAUUCGGGUUUAACCGGUUAAAAGUACUCGACUCGUCACAUUACUAAUUAGCUGCGUGCAUGACCGUCACUUAGGAACGUCUCUCUAUCUCCUUUUCUAUGUCGAAACGCCUCUCGGCAGCUCUUUCCAGCCUCGCCUUGACCGUUUAGAUAUUUACCCAAGGAGCCUUAAAAACUGUUAGAGCUACUCGUAUUCGCGGAGGAGACUUCGCGACGUCUCUUGGCUCCGCUCGUCUGAGGGGAUGCCCCCCUUCGGCGCCAGGUUGUUCGUUGUGGCCUUCGGCGGCACCCUAGGACGGGCGAGAGCCGCUCGGGGAACGAGUACGGGCCUUAAAAAACGCGUAGACUAGACUCUUAACGAGCACGCACUCGCAUACUUAAUACACACAAGUACACCGUUACAAAUUAUUCAUUAAGGAUUAGCUCUCUGCAUACAUGUGUAUAUAUACGCGUAUAGGUAGGCGUACGUAUAUGCGUAUGUGUAUAUAUAUAUACUCGACACGGAUACCGAAUCGCAGGAAGGUCGACUUAUUAUAUCCGGUCUAACGCGGCGUUUCCGGCAAUAGCUAACGUUUUUACAUACAUUUGUUAUUAAGAGGUAUUUAUACACUACGGCGGUCGGAUAUACGUUAAGACACGGCGAUCUGUAACAUCCGACACGUGUCCGUUCCGGCGUCGUUCCGACAAAACACUGGGACGUGCGUUUCGAUGACAUUGUUUAUAACAUCCGACAUUUAAUCCGCGUCGACGUGCUUUAUCACGACAUUGUAAUAUCCAGGACGUUAUGCAGGUUUUAUCGGUGUCGGAUUGUUCGAAUGUUUCCCUCGAUGUGCGUGUCCUGUGGUUUUGCCGGACCGGCGCCGGUAUGUGCCGGAUCCGGCGCCGGUACGUGCCGGAUCCGGUACGCAUAGGAUCGUGUCGGAUGGUGCAACUCGAAUUUUCAUAUUGUACCACCGUCCGGCAUUGUCGAUUGCGAUGUCUUGUAAUGUCGUUCGGCUUUAGAUUCAGUCUCUACGAGCUGGAACGACGAUGCAAAUGUAUUCUUCCGCUUUUGUCGGAACGUUGACGGGACGUUUACCUGCCGUGUCGGGCCGGAUAGCGUCGGUCGACACGAAGAUGCGCUGAUAAGACGGGCCGGAGACGUCUACCCCGUUUGGGGCGAUCUUGGGAGUUAUUUUACGAUUUUACUCUAAGAUGAUUAAGUUAAUCCGUUUAUGUCGUCGGGUCGGGGAUCUAUACGAGUACUGGGUGCCUGUCGGAGUUGACGAGUCUGUCCUGAAAAUAGAGUUUUUAGUCCUUUAUAUUUGGUCGAAGAAUAUGCUCUUGCCGUUUUUAACGUAACUUAACGUUAUUAAAACGGCCGGAACUUAUUCCUCGAGCUGAUGUCACCCGGGUAAUAUGACCGAGAGUAUCACCAGUGAUUAUAUUCUCCGCGGAUUUAUGCGCGAAAACGCGUGAAAAUUUUAAAUUUUAUUUCUGAAGGCUUGACCUUUUUGAACGAUUAAUCGGGUGACCUAACCUCCUAACCUUUUGGGUAUCUUGAAAUUAAUAAGGGGUGGCUACAGAAACCGCGGAAAUCGAAAAUCAUCGAAAAUAUGAAAGGAAGCAUAUAUUAAAGGGAAGUCAGCUAAAAGGUUCCUCGACUCCGGGAAUAUUACUUAUUGAAAGUAUUAAAUUAUCUUAAAUGGAAAUUCUUAGAGGGCGCUUAAGUUCUCUUAAAUUAUCCGGGGAUCUUUAAGUUACCGUAACCUCGGUUAUAUUACUCGGAUUUAAAUUCUCGAGAGUUUGGAAACGCUACCUGAAAGUAUUUUUAAUUUCUUGCUCGAGGUGUGAAAUUCUCGUGGGGGAAUUUCUUUUGGAAGUCGCUAUGAAGAAGCAUUCGUCUAAGGCGGGCUCCACGGCGAAAGAGAUUUUUACAGUAUUCGUCGGUAUUAUAUUUUUCGUAACUCCUCGGUUAAAUACGCCGAUUCGUUGGCUUUUAUUCGCAGGCAUCUGGGAUCGGGUUUGUCGGGAUUUUUUUUUACCUUCAUGCCUUCUCCGCGUCCACUUCGAGUCGAACCAAUUUUACCUUUCUUGAAUUACGUUCGCUGUUCUUUUUUUUUUAAUUUACGAGAUAUUGUGUAAACAAAUUCUUGCGUUCAGUAGUUAUCUUCUGAGUUUUAGUGCCCACGGGUUCGUGGAUACCCCGUGUAAGUGAAUUACGUGAAAAUGUAGGAAGGCAUGAAGGUUGUAAUCCACGCCCGGGAGGUGCGAGUUGCGCUCCGCCCGUUCGAAUCUCCCGCGCGCCAAUCGUGUCGCUCCUUCGCGGGGAGUCGUCGAAGCUCGACAUGCGCAAGCUCUCUUUCUCCCUUCUUUUAUUUCGUUUAUUUCCCUUUUUACCGCUACUAGUUUACGAUAUCCGAGGACAGAGUGAACGUUUCGUAAUCGACAGUUAGUUUAACCGGUAGUUGUGACAGCAUUUUGUCAGGUCGAGGCGUCCGAAAAGUGUUUGUUUUCCUCCGGAUUCAUGCUCGCGCUAUCUUUCUCUCUCUUUCUCUCGUUAUUUUACUCGGUACUUCAGAGCCGGCGUUUGGUUAGUCGUUUCAGACGCGAUCUUAACCUCCUUGACUCUGUUCUACCCGUCGUAUUAAUUUGUUCUCGUUCUCGUCUCCCUUUCUUUUUCUUUUUUUUUUCCUUUGUUUCUUUCUUUAACGUUACUAGGAUUUACUUAACUGUACCCGGUAUGCUAGGUCUGGAGCUCUCUAAUGUCUGAAGCUAAUUGGUACGAUCGGCUCUUUGUUUUUCUCGUUUCUCAUCUAUUUUCUUUUGUUUCUUUUUUAUUCUUCUCCGUUCCCUUUUGUAUCAAUUAAUUACUAUUACAUGUAACAGUAUCGUCCGAUCGAUGGAGCAGCGAAGCUCCCACGAGGAUAUUUACCGAAAGAACACCGAGCUCCAAAUUGUUCUAGGACUCGUUUGGGGGUUAACGUCCAAGCGAGAUUAGCCUACUGGGUUAAGGAGCAUCGCGGUAUGGCAGUGUUAGCCGAGGCUUUUAUAUAGAAUUUUUUUAUAUCAGUAUUCCACCUUUGAUUUUAGGGCUUAAGUUAUGUCUGUCUUAUCUCCGUUUCUACGUCGCUCGUCUCUGUCUACGGCGUCCUGUCUCUCUCUGUGUCUCUCUAUUUUCGUUCUUCCCUCGUUUCUUUUUAUUUUUGUUUUUAAUUCAUACCACUUAAACGGAAAUCCAUCCCUUAAGGAACAUUUACUUAAUUAUUAAAUUAUUUAGUUUUUUACAAGCUAUAUUUUUACAUGCCCUUAGGCUCCCCCUCGUGUUAUUUAAGCGCUAACUUAUUUCUCCGUGUCUCUUGACCCCAUUUUUCUUUCCUCUCGGUCGGUUUGAUCAUUACGUCGUUCCCUUUUCCUCGACCCAUACAUUUUUGUAUUAUUCUAGAUGCCGAGUAGCUCUGCGCGUGCGCAUCGUUUGUACCGCUGUUUUUUUUUUCCGCAUCGCUCUCGCGCUGAAACCGAGUUGUUUAUUUAUUGCCUGUGCGUUCCAAUAGGUUUUUCUGAUACUUGAUCGAUUAAUUUGUACUCGUUGAUAUAUGUACUUUCUGCGAGCCAGUGGGAACAACCACGUCGUCCCUUGGUAUCGGCUCAUGUCUGACAAUUUGUUACACCGAGGCGGAUGAACCAUGCUCGAGAGAGAGAUACUUCGGAAUUCCUAAUUGUUGAUUGAGCGAUAACAUCUUACUAAUUGCUAAUUUACUAUUGACAUUAAAACAAGUAUCGUACUUAUAUAUUUAUAUAUUGAGUACGCGCAGGCUUUGCUUAGUCCGGGUUACUUAAACAUUGGAAUCGUUCUGUCCUGUGCAGUGAGAUCUCACCUUCCGAACAGUUGAAUCGACAGUUUCAGGCUACUGUCCUGCGUAUGAGUCUUCCGAGGUGGCGUUAUAUAUAAAUAUCGACGAAGCAAUUGUUUUAAUCCAUCGUACAGUACAGAGAUUAUGUCUCUCUCUCUUUCUCCCUCUCUCUUUCUCUUUUUUCGUUUUUAAUUUAUUAUCAAGAGAAUGUGAUAAUCCAUGUGUGUGGAAAAUUUCAAGCCUUAACAGUGUAAUUACAUAAGAGUGCCGAAGA